UCAUACUCCGUAUAUAAUAUUCUAAUUAUAUUGAAAAAUAAAUUUGGAUCAAGAAAUCAUAAAUAAAUUUCAACUAGCUAAUGAAGUAUUUAUUUUUUGUAAUUCUAUUACAAACAAGCCAGGAAGACUUUCUGUAUAGUUAGACUGGAACUAAGUCCUAUCUUUCUUUCUUGCUAUUUUGUCUAGCCUGUACUUUUGCAUCAUCCACGUCAAAACUUUUUUUUUUUUUUUUUUUUCUUGGUGUUAAUUAGCACCCGAUUCACCCUUGGGGCUAAUUUGGAUUCGGGGCAAGUUCUGGGUUGAUAGGUUCCAGUCCCCACCCAAUUGUUGUUGUGCGGGAUCGAACACAAGUCCUCCAUACCAAGUUCAGCCCAAUCACCACUGAACCAACAGUACUUUCAAAACUUUCAAUUGUUGAUCGAUCAAGGACUCGAGGUUAAGUGUUGUACUUGAAGUUUAUUAUUGCGGCGGAAGCAUUGGAACUUUUUGAGCUCGUACCCUUGCAAUGGAUACUAUAGGUGGUACCGCGAAGAAGGGCAGGGGAUUCAUUCGCCUACUGGGGUUAAAGUGGGCGCAUUGGUUCGCGAGAAUAGUGAUGUUAUGGGUGAUGAUGUUAUACUUGGCCGAGGUAUGGAAGCUUGAUCUCAGGCAUGCGGCAACAAUUAUCAAUAUAUGGAGGGGUUCAACUAAAGUAUUGCCUCUUGUCUUUGUCUUCGUCGCGGAUGCUUUCCUAGGCCACUUUAGUAUCCUCUUGCUCUCCAGUCUUUCCAACUCUCUUGGACUGGGGUUGUUUUGGAUGUCAACACCACCAGUUUCAGCCAAAUUAAAUGGAAACUGCGCAGAAUACAAGGCUGAAUGUAUAGAGAACCGCCAAAAACAACUCUUUUACACGGCCCUAGUCCUUAACGCGGUAGGAAUAGCAGGUCAUGUAGCUUCUUUUGACUUCUUUGCUGAAAAGCAGAUAAAGAGUAUUGCAGCGAACUUGUCUACAACUUUUAACUUAUUCAAUUCUUCCGAAGAAGAGAUUAACGAUGUUCAAGUGGGUGUCCGAGAACAGAAUCCUUCUCCAUUAGCUUCGAAUUUUGGGCUAUCAUCACCUUCUUUUCCACGACACUUCCUUUGUUUAUUUUGUAAAUGUUGUGGAGUCUUCUGCUUCUUCUUCUUCAGCAGCAUUGUCUUUGUUGCUGGAAUCCUAAUAGUGGUGUUCGUCAAACCAUGGACUAUUAGGUUUGGAGUUUCAGCCAUAUUUGCAGUGUUUUCAUUUCUAGUUUUCUUGAGUGCAGCUGCCUCUUACACGUAUGUUGGACCUCGAGGAAGCCCCUUCACUACUACAUUUCGCGUGCUUUUUGCUGCUUGCUCCAAAUUUUUUUAUAGGCUACCGCAAGAUGUUUGUCAGCUUUAUGAGAAUAUAGCCCUUGGUGAAUCUUCCUUGUUUUCUCACACCAACAGUCUAAGGUGUCUGGACAAGGCUGCUAUUAUACUGCCACACCCUGAUUUAAACCAACAACAACAAAGUCGAUGGAAGCUCUGCAGAGUAUCUGAAGUCGAAGCAACCAAGAUUUUGAUACGGUUAAUUCCCUUGUGGAUGACCUUAAUAAUAUGUGGAGUUGUAUCUUCCUUAGGGGAGACAUACUUUAUGCAGCAAGCAGAGAGCAUGAACACCGAACUUGAUCCUUCUUUAGUCUUUUUGUUCUUCAAUGUAUUCGCAAAUUUACUCUUCACCAAGCUCUUUGAGAUGAUAGCCGAUGAAGUUGUUGGCAGCUCAAUAUCCCGCAAACGUUGGGUGUCUCUUGUAGGAAUUGCAGUGGCAAUGAUGCUCUCGAUAUUAUGCUGCAUCGCAGCAGCAAUUGUAGAGAAAAAAAGGCUACGAAUAGCAAAAAAUCAGGACUUAAUCAACGAAAAAAUACCUAUGAGCAUAUUUUGGCUAAUGCCACAAUUUGCUUUGCUUGGUGCAUCGGAUGGAAUACUUGCAACGAGUGUAACUGACUUGCUAUCGGAUCAAGCUCCUCCCCCUAUGAGUCGAUACUCAAUACAUUUUGCAUUUGCAGCGUCUGGAAUUGGAUACAUGGUGAGUCCAAUUACUGUUGAUAUAGUAGGAAAGAUUAGCCAAAAUAUUAGUGGUAGUGGGACAAGUUGGUUCCAAGCUACAUCCAAUAAUAGUCGUUUAGAUAACUAUUUCUGGGUGUUAGCUGCAUUAAGUGCUGCUAAUGUUGUCUUUUACAUUGUGGUUGCAAGUAACUAUCGCUUUAGGGACUCCAAAAAUAACAUUUUCGAUAAGGCACCAGGAGUACUACUCCAUGGUAACCAUCCACUCAGCUCUUUUUUCUCUCUCUAAAGGAAUUGCAAACAGAUUUGUACAAACCAUAAUACGGAUUCCCUACUUAUAACAAUACGGAGUAUUAUUUUGGUAUCCAAGUAGACCAAGGAUCAAAUGUCAUCUUCGUGUUAGUGUUAGAGAUCAUACUUUACAUUUUCGAUAAGCCACCAGGAGUACUGGACUUUUUUAAAAGCAAUGUUGUCAAAAACUACCUUAUAAAAUUGUGUUUUAGCGAAAAAAUACUUUAUAAAAAAUUGUAAUCAACUUCCUUAUAUAAAAAAUUAUGUUGUAACACACUACUUUUUCCCGAAUUAUGAACCUUGACUUAAAUUCCGAGAAAAGUUAACCCCGAAAUUUUGCAUAAAUGGUCAUAAUCCAACCAAAUGUAGUAUCUUACAUCCUAAAAAAAAUUAUAAGAUAUUUAAUUACAACAUUUUCUUUAUAAGGUAGUUUCUCGAAAAAUCUCAAAUUAAUUUAUAAGGAACGUAGUAUU